UUAACUAAACAGUAAGGCACUCCUUACUUCCACAGCGGGUUUAAAUUCUUUAAAAUUGAAUGAAAUUAUGUAGCAAUUAAGGGAUUUUUUUUCUUUUCCACUUGCAAGAAUCUGGAAACGUCUUCAAAACAGCGAUACGGAUGCUCACAGAAGGGACAAAGGCUCCAUGUGAAGGCUUUCUUUUAGAACAGAGAAACUGCAUCUGGACUGCUCACAUGUGCUGCCCGGUGCUUGUGCACUAUGCCGCUACUACUGGAUAAAUUCUUUCACCCCUCAUAAACUGCUGCCACGGCUCUACCACAACAUUACCACAGCAAUCGCGUGAAAUGGAACCCGUAACAUCUUUACACGCUCUAAGUGCAGAGGAGGCCAUCUGAGGCUGCGUGUGAGCCAGGGAACUGGACUGGACUGUGGUGUUUCGUGGAGGAGGUGGAAGAAGAGGUGGAGGGAGAGGGAGAACUGAGGGGACAGCUGGACAGAUGGAGGACGGAACCCAACAACUGGGACGCUGCAUGGUUGACAUGAAGGAGCUGAGUGCCAACCCAGAAGGACUGACCGCUGCUGGUGUUUUUCUAACACCCAAGCUGCCUCAGGUGGAGUUCAGCCUUGCCUGUAAUGAUCUGGUGGCCUCAGGCAGAGACAGGAAGCCCAAUGCGUUGGUCCAGGUGGCUGUCAUAGAUCCCCACAAGCAGCAUCUCGUCUUUCAUGCCUGCACAGAGAUAGUGGAGGCGAACAAGGAUCCGUUGUUUCUGACAGGGGUGACCUUCCCUUCAGAGUAUCCUGGUAGCCCGGAGACACUGGUCAAACUAAGUGUGUAUGAUGCAAAGGACAAGAGCCAGGAAUCAAGCACCUUCCUGGGUUGUGCCACAUUUUCAGUAGGCGAACUGCUGAGAGCUAAAGAUGAACGACUGACCUUAAGUCUCAGGUCGUCUGAUGGUGUGUGCGCAGCGGGAACGGUGGUGGUAAGUCGUCUGAAGAUGGGGGAGAUGGAGGAGGUUGACGUAGACCACAUCACCACUGACAUACCAUCACACAAGUGUCCCUUGGUUUGUGAGUCCGCAUCCCAUGCCUGCAUCGACAGAGAAAAUAACCCACUGACAGGGCCAGUGUUCAAGAACCCAAUAUGCAAGGUGUACAGAUUUCAAACAGUGGACAGCAAGUGGAUGCUUGUGCGGGAGCAAAUGGAGGAGUGCACGUUGUCCUUUAGUAUCCCCAAACAGCUGCUCUCACUGUAUAUUCAGGAGGACAUAAGCAGGGUGCAGGACCUGAAGGAGCUGGGGGAGCUUUCUCCUCACUGGGACAACUUAAGAAAAGAGGUGAUGACACGAUAUGGAGGAAUCAUCAGCUCAUACCAAGAUACUUUGGCUGAACUGGACAAAAUUACUGGUCAUUCAUUCAAGCCAAGCUGCUGCAAAGCCCAGAAAUCUCUGGAGUUCAUUCCAAUAAACUUGCACACACAGCGGAUGAGGGUGACGUGCCCCAGAAAAACAGAUGCAUUCUAUGACGUCGUCACUGUCGGUGCACCUGCUGCCCAUUUCCAAGGCUUCAAGUGUGGUGGUCUGCAGCGUCUCCUCAGCAGAUAUGAAGCAGAGAAAAAAAGCUUCAGCACUGCCUACCAGUGUAUCUACUACUCCCCAGAGCACAUAGCCAAAGCUCAGGAGGUACUCAGCACCAUGAGCCUCCUCCAGCCCCUCAUCACAAGCUUAGCGGACCAGCUCCUCCAGGCUGCCCAGGACCACUCUUCCCCUGGACUGAGAGAGGCACUCAAGAACCUUUCUGAUAAGACAGAACAAUUUGUUCACACGCUUAAGGAUGAAUUGGUCAAGAGUGCACUACUGGCACUGCAUGCAGCGCAGUCCGGAUACAUUUCCAAGAACCAGAAGCAAACCCCGGUGAAGGGAGGCCAACACCAAGGACACAUCCACCAGGGAAGUGACCAGAGUCAGAGCCCAGUCCAGGGACUUCCAGGCCACAGUCCAGCCACGUCCGUCACUGACAGUACUGCAGUGUGUAAUAAUGUGGAAGGGUCCCAAACUACAACUAGAGGCGAAGGUGGGCCGCUGAAGCACCAAGACUCCAUACCACACCAUAAAGAGUAUGACGAGGAGGAAUGGGACAGGGUGUGGGCCAACGUUGCCAAAUGUCUCAACUGUGUAAUCGCCAUGGUGGAUAAACUCCAGGAAGAAGACAACAACAAGCAGGAGCCAGUCCCUGAGCAGCAGCUUGCUGAUGUCAUCACCUCACACAACCCAGGCGACUGGAGGGAGCAGCUGCGUCCUCUGGUGACCAGGUUAAAGGAGUGUGUGAUAGAAGUGGUGGAGAAGGCAAAGAGAGCCAUGACUUUUGUGCUCCUGCAGGAGACAGCCUGCAGCAUUCCGCAGGGCUUCAUCCUCCAACAGAGGCGAGAUGUGGUCUUCAGUCAGGCACUGGCAGCAUUAGCCUGUGGUUUUGUGAUGAGGCUGUAUGCAGGAAUGCAGGACCAAGGCUUCCUAAGGCAGCUCCACCUAGUUGGCCUGGUUGCCCAGUUUGAGAGUCUGCUCAGCACCUACAGUGAGGAGAUCGGGAUGCUGGAGGACAUGGAGGUUAGCAUCUCAGAUCUGCAAAGAGUCACGUUCCACAUUACAGAGGCCAAGACAGAUGACCUUAGUGACCUCCAGCCUUUAGUGUGUGGCCGGCGAGACCACUUCACAGUGGAAGUGCCAUUACCACGACUGGUGUUCCAGACCUUGCCAGAGGAGAUCAAGGAGGGCAAGCCUCUACGAGUAUUCCCAGUGCUGUUUAAUGUGGGCAUCAAUGAACAGCAAACAAUAGCAGAGAGGUUUGGAGAUAUCUCUCUACAAGAAAGAAUAAACCAGAAGAACUUUGAGAUGUUAGAAGGCUAUUACAAAUCAUUAAGUGAACAGGUGCCACUAGAAUGUCUACCAUGUUUUCAGACACCGACUGACGUAAAGGAAUUACUUGAAACCCUGGGCCAGAAUGUAGUUACAAAGAAGAGAAAGAAUGUGGAGAUACUGUGGAUUGCUGGAACAAUCUGCCGAAGGUUAAAUGGCAUCAGGUUUACCAGCUGUAAAAGUGCCAAAGACAGGACAUCCAUGUCUGUCACAUUAGAGCAGUGUGCCCUCCUACGUGACGAACAUCAGCUCAGCAAGGAUUUCUUCAUCCGUGCUCUGGACUGUAUGCGGAGAGAAGGAUGUCGGAUUGAGAACGUUCAAAAGAAUAUUAAAUGCAGGAAAUACGCCUUCAACAUGUUGCAGCUGAUGGCCUUUCCCAAGUGCUACCGACCACCGGAGGGAACUUACGGCAAAGUUGACUCUUGAGGACGUAAGCCAUGUACUGUAAAACCAGUCAUUGUGUGUUACCCAAGUAGUAACUAUGAAAGCUUAUACAUUAUGGUUAAAAUGUUGUAUUAUUGUUUAUUGUAACCAAAAUAACUUGCUGGAUUUUGCUGAUAGUGUGUGUUCAUUGAUUCCCAAGCUGGAUUUGCCAAACGUGUUAUUUUGAAAUUCAUGCACUUUC